CGGAACUGGAUUGUCAUAUCCUAUAGCGAAAGAUUCAGGUAAUAACGAAGAUAAUGAUUUAGAUUUGGACUUCAUAGUGUAAUAUAUAAAAAUAUUUAUUAAAUAAAAAAUAAUUCACUUUAUUAAAAAGAGAUGAAUUAUUAUUUGAAUUAUACUUUGCCACGUGUAUGAAUCCAACAUUAAUAUGGCCACCAAAGGAUCCAACAUUGUCACUACCAUCAAAUUCAACAAAACCAUGGGACAAAUAUAAUAUAAGUAAAGAUGAAUAUAAGCUGUUUGUCAAGAAUUCAUUAUUAGAUUACGAAAGUAAGAAGAGAAAAAAUUCUAAUUCGGGAAGAAAAAGUGAUAGCAGUGAUAUUAUAAUACAGGAUGAUGGAAAUUAUAACUAUUCACGAAGAAAAGUUAGAAGAGAUAGUGAAGGGUAUAUUGUUAAAGAUAUCGCUUUUGAAGAAAAAGGAUACCAUUAUUAUGGAGAUAAAGAGUUGAAUAGUGAUGGUAGUGUUAUUUAUCCUAGUAGCGAUGAAUAUUCUAAUAAUAUUAGUGAUAAUGAUGAAUAUAUUGAUAAUAAUGAAUAUAUUGAUAAUAAUGGACAUAUUGAUGAGAAUUAUUAUAUAGAAAAUUUCAGGGAAAAAGGCAAUAAUGAUGAUUAUUAUUUGAAAAACAUUAAUAAUAAUUAUAAUAGAAAACAAUAUCAAAGUAAAAUGUAUUCUAAUAGCGGAGAAAAUGAAGAUGAUGACAAUUUGCCCAUUGGGUUAAUGAUUGCUAAAAAACAAUUAGAAGCCAUGAAUAUUAAGUCUAAUUAUCAGGUAGAUAAUAAUGUUGUAGCGUAUACAAUUAAUGAUAGUGUAGUAAGUGAUAAAAAGGAUAAUUAAUUAGUUUUAUUAGGUUUAUAUUUAUUUAUUUUAUUUAUUUUUAAUAUAUUUACUUAUUUAAAUUAACUAUUUAUGUAUACUGGUUAUAUAUAUAUAUUAUUUAAUAUAAAAGAAAAUUUUUAUUACUUUUAAUAAAAAUAUCAU